AUGCCGGGGUCGCUGAGUAAUGAAGACGAGGGACCAGACGACAUGGAUUUUGAAGACGAUAUGCCAGAUGAAGACGAUGAGUCACGGCGCAGCAUCGUCCCUCUCACUCCGCUUACCAGCUUCUUCACUGAUGACGAUUCUCUCAAACAACAGAAGCCCAAGAAGGCCAAAAACAUGAAAGAGGGCAAAAUGCUUAAAGUUAAAAAGAGAAAGAAGGAGACAGACUUAAUACCAAGACUGGACAGUGACUUAGAGGAGCACUCAGAGGUGGAGGAGGACAGGGGACUUCCUGAAGUGGGCUAUGAGAGUGAGAACAGCAUUUAUGAGGGCAAAAAGAAGAAGAAAAAACCUAAAGAAAAGAAGGAGAAGAAGCCCCGAAAGAAGAAAAGAGAGGAUGAGGAGGAUGAAGACGACGAUGAUGAUGGAACGGCGAAGGAGCCAAAAUCCUCCGGUCAGCUGAUGCAGGAGUGGGGUCUUGAAGACGUCCAGUACGGCUUCACUGAAGACGACUACAAAACCAUAACUAACUACAAGGCGUUCAGCCAGUUCCUCAGGCCGCUCAUUGCCAAGAAGAACCCCAAGAUUCCCAUGUCAAAGAUGAUGACAGUGUUAGGGGCCAAGUGGAGAGAGUUCAGUGCCAACAACCCGUUCAAAGGAGCAUCUGCCACCGCUGUGGCAGCCGCUGUGGCCGCCGCUGUGGAGACAGUCACUGUGGCUCAGCCAAUAUCUAUGAGCUGCAGCCAGCCCAGUGCUCAGCCGGGACCACUCAAAAAAGCCAAAACCAAAGAGGGGAAGGGACCUGGAGCCAGGAAGAAAAGUAAAUCGGCAAAAGAUUUGAAGAAGAAAAAGGCAAAAAAGACUAAAUCAAAGUCUGGCCAAAGUGGGAAGAAAAAGAAAGCCUCCUCAAGUGAGGAAGACUUCUUGGAGGAGUCUGACUUUGAUGACAUCAGCAUCCACAGCACCUCACUAAUCGCUGAUAUAACAGGUGCCACAACCAACAAGAAAAAGUCUCGACGUGGGAGGAAAAAGAGAAAAAAAGCGGACGGGGAUGGCUACGAGACAGACCAUCAGGACUACUGUGAAGUUUGCCAACAAGGCGGUGAGAUCAUCCUGUGUGACACAUGCCCCAGAGCGUACCAUCUCGUCUGCCUGGAUCCAGAGCUGGAUAAGGCCCCCGAGGGCAAGUGGAGCUGUCCCCACUGUGAGAAAGAAGGGAUCCAGUGGGAAGCCAAAGAUGAUGAUGAAGAUGAGGAGGAGGUUGCAGGAGAGGAAGAGGAUGACCACAUGGAGUUCUGCAGAGUGUGUAAAGAUGGAGGAGAGCUUCUGUGCUGUGACACCUGUCCUUCGUCGUACCACAUCCACUGCCUCAACCCCCCUCUGCCCGAGAUCCCCAACGGGGAGUGGCUGUGCCCGCGAUGCAUGUGUCCGCCUCUGAAGGGAAAGGUGCAGAGGAUUUUACACUGGACCUGGGGAGAGCCUCCUCUUCCCGCAGAGCCGCCUCUCGAAGCUGAUGGGAGGCCCAUUGAUCCUCUGAUUAACCCCCCGCUGAAGGGCCAUCCGGAGAGAGAGUUCUUUGUGAAGUGGGCCGGCCUCUCGUACUGGCACUGUUCCUGGGUCAGCGAGCUGCAGUUGGAGCUAUACCACACGGUCAUGUACAGAAACUACCAGAGGAAGAACGACAUGGACGAACCGCCUCCGUAUGACUACGGCUCUGGGGAAGAGGAGCUGAGCAGCGAGAAGAGAAAGAGCAAGGACCCCGAGUUCGCCGCGAUGGAGGAGCGCUUCUACCGAUACGGCAUCAAACCGGAGUGGAUGGUCAUUCACCGCAUCAUCAACCACAGUUUUGAUAAGGACGGGGAUGUGCAUUAUCUAAUCAAGUGGCGAGACCUCCCCUACGACCAGUGCACGUGGGAGAUGGACGACUUUGAAAUCCCUGAAUACGACAACCAUAAAACUUCAUUCUGGGACCACAGGGAACAAAUAAUAGGAGAAGACCAUCGCCCUCUGGUGGUGAGAAAAGAGAAGAAACUUAUUUUGGAGCGUUCGAAGAGAGAGAAGCCUCCUGAUACUCCAAUUAUAGACCCAACAAUAAAGUUCGAUCACCAGCCGUGGUACAUCGAUGCCACAGGGGGGACGCUGCACCCCUAUCAGCUGGAGGGACUGAACUGGCUGAGGUUCUCCUGGGCACAGGGCACUGACACCAUCCUGGCCGACGAGAUGGGCCUUGGCAAAACCGUCCAGACCAUUGUCUUUCUCUACUCGCUUUAUAAAGAGGGACACUCAAAGGGGCCUUUCCUUGUCAGUGCCCCUCUCUCCACGAUCAUCAAUUGGGAGAGAGAGUUUGAGAUGUGGGCUCCAGACUUCUAUGUGCUGACGUACACUGGGGACAAGGACAGCCGAGCCAUCAUCAGGGAGAACGAGUUCACGUUCGAAGACAACGCCAUAAAACAGGGCCGUAAGGUUUUCAGAAUGAAGAAAGAUACCCAGAUCAAAUUCCAUGUGUUGCUGACCUCCUAUGAGUUGAUCACCAUCGAUCAGGCCAUUCUUGGCUCCAUCAGCUGGGCAUGUUUGGUGGUCGAUGAAGCCCACAGACUGAAAAACAACCAAUCAAAGUUUUUCAGGAUUCUGAAUGGGUAUAAAAUUUACUAUAAGCUGCUGCUCACUGGGACCCCGCUGCAGAACAACCUUGAGGAACUUUUCCACUUACUCAACUUCCUCACCCCAGAACGCUUCAAUAAUCUGGAAGGCUUUUUGGAGGAGUUUGCGGACAUUUCAAAAGAAGACCAGAUCAAGAAGCUCCACGACCUGCUGGGGCCUCACAUGCUGCGUAGACUGAAGGCCGACGUCUUCAAGAACAUGCCCGCAAAGACAGAACUGAUUGUCAGGGUAGAACUAAGCCCUAUGCAGAAGAAAUAUUACAAGUUCAUUUUGACAAGAAACUUUGAGGCGCUAAACUCUAAGGGAGGCGGAAACCAAGUGUCUUUACUCAAUAUAAUGAUGGAUCUGAAGAAGUGCUGCAACCAUCCAUACCUGUUCCCAGUGGCAGCCGGGGAAGCUCCAGUCUUACCCAACGGAUCCUACGACGGAAGUCAGUUGGUGAAGUCCUCAGGCAAACUCACGCUGCUUCAGAAAAUGCUCAAGAACCUCAAAGAUGAAGGCCACAGAGUUCUUAUCUUUUCACAGAUGACAAAGAUGCUGGACCUACUGGAGGACUUCCUGGAGUUUGAGGGCUAUAAAUAUGAACGUAUAGAUGGUGCAAUCACUGGGGGACUGAGGCAAGAGGCCAUAGACAGAUUUAACGCACCUGGAGCUCAACAAUUUUGCUUUCUUUUGUCAACUCGAGCUGGAGGUCUUGGCAUCAACCUGGCCAGUGCAGACACGGUUAUAAUUUAUGACUCCGAUUGGAAUCCUCACAACGACAUACAAGCUUUCAGCAGAGCUCACCGUAUCGGCCAAAACAAGAAGGUCAUGAUCUACCGUUUUGUGACGCGAGGCUCGGUGGAGGAGCGCAUCACCCAGGUGGCAAAGAGGAAGAUGAUGCUGACGCACUUGGUGGUCCGUCCCGGUCUGGGCUCGAAAACAGGAUCUAUGUCCAAACAAGAACUCGACGAUAUCCUCAAGUUUGGCACAGAGGAGCUGUUUAAAAAUGAAUUGGAGGCAAUGGGGGAAAACAAGGAAGGAGAGGAGUGCAAUGUGAUCCAUUAUGAUGACGACGCCAUCUCUAAACUGUUGGACCGAAGCCAAGAUGCCACCGAAGACACAGAGAUACAGAACAUGAACGAGUACCUGAGCUCCUUUAAGGUGGCCCAGUACGUGGUGAAGGAGGAGGAUGAGGAGGAGGAGAUUGAGCGAGAGAUCAUAAAGCAGGAGGAGAACGUGGAUCCAGAUUAUUGGGAAAAACUUUUGCGUCACCACUACGAGCAGCAGCAGGAAGACCUGGCUCGAAACCUGGGCAAAGGCAAACGCAUCCGAAAACAGGUCAACUACAACGACACUACUCAGGAGGACCAAGUGGUUUGUUUAGCUGCAUUUCAAGACAAUCAGUCGGAGUACUCUGUGGGGUCCGAGGAUGAGGACGAAGACUUUGAGGAGAGACCGGAAGGUGGACGGAGACACUCCAGAAGGCAGCUAAGGGGUGACAAAGACAAGCCCCUGCCACCACUCCUCGCUCGAGUUGGAGGAAGUAUUGAGGUGCUUGGCUUCAAUGCCCGGCAAAGAAAAGCCUUCCUCAACGCCAUCAUGCGCUGGGGGAUGCCACCUCAGGACGCCUUCAAUUCUCACUGGCUGGUGCGGGACCUGAAAGGGAAGAGCGAGCGAGAGUUCAGGGCCUAUGUGUCACUUUUCAUGCGGCAUCUGUGUGAACCAGGAGCAGAUGGAGCGGAGACUUUUGCUGAUGGAGUCCCACGAGAGGGCCUGUCCCGUCAGCACGUCCUCACCCGGAUCGGUGUCAUGUCUCUGGUUAGGAAGAAGGGCACUUUGAGAUUAGACAAAGUAGGUCAAACUGUCUGGGCACACGCAUUCAAGAGGAACAUGUCGUUUUGGAGAUGUCAGACUAAAGCCGUUCUUGAUGCGGAAAUUGACUCUCUUACCGAGGUUCAAGAGUUUGAGCAUGUAAAUGGGAAACUGAGCUCUCCAGAUCUGAUUCCGAUUGGGAUGGAACUGAAGAAGCUAACAGAGAGUGUAUCGUCAGAUCCCAACACCCCUGUCCCAGCCAGUCCAGUCACCACUCAGCCCAGUACUCCUGUGCCCAUAGAGAAACCAGAAUCUCUUGUGGGGACAGUAGAAGACAAAGCCACUCCAGAGCCAGAGAGCAAAAAGACUUCAGACCAGGAAAAGACUGCCUGCUCUGAGACAGCACCAGCAGCUGCGCCUGAAAAGUCGGCUGACAGCGAGGAGGCCAAGUCCAGCCCAGAGGAGAAGCCCGGAGAUGAGAGGGACCCGGCCUCGUCGCCCUGCGCUAAGACCGAAUCAUCUGCCAGCCUCAAAGAAUCCUGUUUGAAGCUGACUGAGCUGUCAUCCAGUCAAACUUCGCCUAAAGCAACCUCAGCGGACGCCAGCAAAGAAACCGAAAUGACUACAGAAAAAGGAGAGCCUUAUUCCCCUCAGGCAAAAAGCGAAGACAAGGAAAACAAGACGACUGUUGUCGAUGUCGUGAAGAAUGAAGAUUUGGAAGGGCGUGUAAAUGGGGACAAAGAUCCGCUGUUUGAGAUGGAGGAGAGCCGGAGAGGACCAGAGGACAAGAAUGGAUACAAGACAAAGUUCAUGUUCAAUAUAGCGGAUGGGGGAUUUACAGAGCUGCACACUCUCUGGCAGACCGAGGAGCGAGCCGCGCUGUCUUCUGGAAAAAUGCAUGACAUCUGGCAUCGUCGCCAUGACUACUGGCUAUUGGCUGGCAUUGUAACACACGGAUACGCCCGCUGGCAGGACAUUCAGAAUGACCCUCGUUACGCCAUUCUGAACGAGCCUUUCAAGACGGAGAUACAUAAAGGCAACUACCUCGAGAUGAAGAAUAAGUUCUUGGCACGUCGUUUCAAGUUGCUGGAGCAGGCGCUGGUGAUAGAAGAGCAGCUGAGGAGGGCAGCGUAUCUGAACAUGACCCAGGACCCCAGUCACCCGGCCAUGUCCCUCAACACCCGCUUCACUGAGGUGGAGUGUCUCGCCGAGUCCCACCAGCAUCUGUCCAAAGAGUCUCUGGCUGGAAACAAGCCUGCCAACGCUGUGCUGCACAAAGUGUUGAACCAGUUGGAAGAGCUCUUGAGUGACAUGAAGGCAGAUGUGACCCGACUGCCCAACAUGUUGUCCAGGAUCCCCCCAGUGUCGGCCCGGCUGCAGAUGUCCGAGCGGAGCAUCCUGAGCCGUCUGACCAGCCGGGGCACCGAGCCUCCGCCUCAGCAGCCCUUUGGUCAGGGCGGCUUCGGCUGCUCACAGAUGUUCAGCAGCAGCUUUGGAGGCUUUCGAGGACCUGGUGGUCAGUCCCUGGUCAACUACAGCCAGAUGCCUCUGGGACCUUAUGUCAGUGUGUCAUCAAACGGCCCCCCUCCAAGUCUUCUGGACAAAAAGUCGUUUGAGUCUCUCCGAGAAGUGGCCACACCAGACCUGAAGUUGGGCAAACCCAGUGACGUCAUCUGCAUUGAGGAUUAG